AUGAAGAAGUUGUUUGCUUUCACUAUUUCCUUCUUGGUCCUGAAGUUUUCUCUUAUCUUUUGCAGUUUGACCGAACCUGGUUGUUUUUGGAGAAUAAAGAAUAAUGAAGACGAUGAUGGAGAUUUGCAAAAUGACUGUGGUUUUGUUCUUCUAGUAGAUGACCUACCCAUAGAAAAAUCACAUUAUAAUCAUGUCAUCUUUUUUAGAAUACCACCAAGUAAAUAUGAGGUUUUUUUGGCAUUGUUUUUUGUUACCAAUGAGAUCAACAAAAAUCCUCUUCUUUUACCCAACAUGACUUUGAAAUUUUCCAUCAUUGUGGGCAUGUGUGAAGAUACAUUUGGACUUCUGGAUAAUAAAUAUUUAGAAAAAACCAGUACUUCGAGGUUUCUUAAUUAUGACUGUACACAACGCCGUAGAUGUGAUAUACAACUUACAGGACCAUCAUGGAUGACAGCCUUAAAACUGGCAGUUAAUAAUAGAAAACCAAAGGUUUUUUUUGGACCAUUUAAUCCAAACUUGAGUGACCAUGAUCAAUUUCCCUAUGUCUGUCAGAUAGCAACCAAGGACACAUGUUUGUCCUCUGCCAUGGUCUCCUUAAUGUUACAUUUUAAAUGGACUUGGAUAGGAGUAGUCAUCCCAAGUGAUGACCAGGGUAUACAGUUUCUCUCAGACAUGAGAGAAGAAAUGCAAAGAUAUGGGAUCUGUUUAGCCUUUGUGAAUGUGAUACCAGAAACCAUGCAGCUAUACUUGGAAAGAGCUACGAUAUAUGAUAAACAAAUUAUGAUAUCAUCAGCAAAGGUUGUUGUCAUUUAUGGUCAAAUGAACUCUACUCUAGAAAUCAGCUUUAGAAGGUGGGAAGAUUUAGGAUUAUGGAGAAUCUGGAUCACAACUUCACAAUGGGAUGUCAUCACAUAUAAAAGAGAUUUCAGCCUUGAUUUCUUCCAUGGGACUGUCACUUUUGCACACCACCAUGGUGAGAUUUCUAAAUUUUGGAAAUUUAUACAAACAAUGGACACCUCCAUAUACCCAAUAGACCGUUUUAAAACUAAACUUGAGUGGAAUAAUUUUAAUUGUUCAACCUCCAAAAACAACAAUAGCACAAUUGAUCAUUUUAAAUUUAACAACACAUGGGAAUGGUUAGCACAGCAGAGAUUUCAUAUGGACCUGAGUGAAGAAGGUUACAAUUUGUAUAAUGCUGUGUAUGCUGUGGCCCACACCUACCACGAACUCAUUUUUCAACAAGUGGAGUCUCAGGAAAAGACAAAAAUCAGAGGAUUAUUUUUUGACUGUCAGAAGGUGGCUUCUGUUCUGAAGACCAGAGUAUUUACGAACCCUCUAGGAGAAGUCGUGAAGAUGAAUCAUAGAGAAAGUCAGUGUGCCAUAUAUGACAUUUUUGACAUUUGGAAUUCUCCACAAGGUUUUGGAUUAAAAGUGAAAAUAGGAAGCUAUUUUCCAUAUUUCCCACAGAGCCAAAAACUUCAUAUAUCUGAAGAUUUGGAGUGGGUCACAGGGAUAACAUCGGUUCCAACCUCUACUUGUAGUGUGACAUGCACACUUGGAUUCAGGAAAAUUCAUCAGGAACAAACACCAGACUGCUGCUUUGAUUGUGCUCAGUGUCCAGAAAAUGAGAUUUCCAAUGAGACAGCAGAUAUGGAACAAUGUGUGAGAUGUCCAGAUGAUAAGUAUGCCAAUUUUGAACAAACCCAUUGUCUCCAAAGGACUGUGUCAUUUCUGGCUUAUGAAGAUCCAUUGGGGAUGGCUCUAGGCUGCACAGCUCUGUCCUUCUCUGCCCUCACAGUUCUAGUACUAGUCACUUUUGUGAAGUACAAGACUACUCCUAUUGUGAAAGCCAAUAACUGCAUUCUCAGCUACAUCCUGCUCCUCUCUCUCAUUUUAUGUUUUCUCUGCUCAUUGCUCUUCAUUGGACAUCCCAACAAGGCCACCUGCAUCCUGCAGCAGACCACAUUUGGAGUAUUUUUCACAGUGGCUGUUUCUACUGUGUUGGCCAAAACAAUAACUGUGGUCAUGGCUUUCAAGCUUACUACACCAGGAAUAAAGAUGAGAGGGAUGCUGGUAUCAGGGAUACCUAAUUUGGUCAUUCCCAUUUGUACCCUAAUUCAACUUGUUCUCUGUGGAGCCUGGCUUCUAGCAUCUCCUCCCUUUAUUGACAGAGAUACACAGUCUGAGCAUGGGAAGACCAUCAUUGUUUGCAAUAAAGGCUCAGCCAUUGCAUUCCACUUUGUCCUGGGCUACUUGGGCUCCUUGGCUCUGGCGAGCUUCACUGUGGCUUUCAUGGCCAGGAACCUUCCUGACAGAUUCAAUGAAGCCAAGUUCCUAACAUUCAGCAUGCUGGUGUUCUGCAGUGUCUGGAUUACAUUCCUCCCUGUCUACCACAGCACCAGGGGGAAGGUCAUGGUGGCUGUGGAGGUCUUUUCCAUCUUAGCUUCUAGUGCAGGGGUACUAGGGUGUAUCUUUGUCCCAAAGUGUUACGUUAUUUUAGUUAGACCAGAUUAG